AUGGAGAAGGAAGGAUGUGAGAUCGAAGCUUUAGAUAUUGAUUACAACAUAUUUAUACAGAAGAUUAAGGUUAAUCCUUUCGGAAUCUUUACACGGAAACCAGAAGCUGACCAGCCGGUUCAGACAGAAGACGAGCCAUCGACGCUUGAGCAUGGAACCUGCAACAAAGUCAAGCAUGUACUAAAAGGAGUGACCUGCAGAGCCAAACCAUGGGAGAUUCUCGCCAUUGUUGGUCCAAGUGGUGCAGGGAAGUCUUCUUUGCUUGAAAUUCUAGCUGGUAGACUCAUUCCACAAACAGGAUCGGUUUUUGUUAACCAGAAACCGGUUGAUAGAGCCAAUUUCAAGAAAAUCUCAGGUUAUGUCACUCAGAAGGACACUCUGUUUCCUUUACUUACAGUGGAGGAAACCCUUUUGUUCAGUGCCAAACUGCGUUUAAAGCUCCCAGCAGAUGAACUGAGAUCACGGGUUAAGUCAUUGGUGCGUGAGCUUGGGCUCGAAGCUGUUGCUAUGGCUCGUGUUGGGGAUGAUAGCUUUAGAGGGAUAUCGGGUGGAGAGAGACGCCGUGUCUCCAUAGGAGUUGAAGUUAUUCAUGAUCCAAAAGUUUUGAUUCUUGAUGAGCCAACCUCUGGUCUUGACAGUACUUCGGCUCUGCAGAUCAUAGACAUGCUCAAGCUCAUGGCUGAAACACGGGGCCGGACCAUAAUUCUGAGUAUCCACCAACCGGGUUUUCGUAUAGUCAAACUGUUCAAUUCUGUUCUUCUGUUGGCCAAUGGCUCGACCUUGAAUCAGAGCUCGGUUGAUCAACUUGGCGUGUACUUAAGGUCAAAUGGUUUGCAGCCUCCUCUCCAUGUAAACAUCGUUGAAUUCGCCAUUGAGUCAAUCGAAGCCAUCACUAAGCACCAAAGGCUACAGGAAAGCAGAAGAGUUGCUCAUGCCCUAACAUCGCAAACAACAUUACAAGAGAAUAGAUCAGAAGAUAGUCAAGGGGAGGGAAGGAGUGGCAAGUUUACACUACAACAGCUGUUUCAACAAUCAAGGGUUGUUGAUGUAGGAACGAUGAACAUAGGGACGGAAUUCACCAGAGAUUUCGCGAAUUCGAGACUAGGGGAAACAAUGAUACUCACUCAUAGGUUCUCCAAGAACAUUUUCAGAACCAAGGAGCUGUUUGCGUGCAAAACGGUUCAGAUGCUAGGUUCAGGAAUUGUUCUAGGUCUGAUCUUCCAUAAUCUGAAAGACGAUUUAAAAGGUGCGCGCGAAAGGGUCGGCCUCUUUGCAUUCAUAUUGACCUUCCUGCUAACUUCAACAAUAGAGGCACUUCCUAUCUUUCUACAAGAAAGAGAGAUUCUGAUGAAGGAGACAUCUAGUGGAAGCUACAGAGUGUCUUCAUAUGCCGUCGCUAAUGGACUUGUUUACUUGCCAUUUCUGCUCAUCCUAGCUAUCCUAUUCUCAAUCCCAGUGUACUGGCUGGUGGGAUUGAACCCUAAUUUCAUGGCGUUUCUGCACUUUUUGCUCCUUAUUUGGUUGAUCCUCUACACAGCAAACUCAGUGGUUGUGUGCUUCAGUGCACUGGUUCCUAACUUCAUUGUUGGAAACUCAGUGAUCUCCGGUGUGAUGGGUUCCUUCUUUCUGUUCUCUGGUUACUUCAUAUCGAAGCAUGAGAUCCCUGGUUACUGGAUUUUCAUGCACUACAUCUCUUUGUUCAAGUACCCCUUUGAAGGAUUUCUGAUCAACGAGUUCUCCAAGUCAAGCAAGUGUUUGGAGUAUGGAUUCGGAAAAUGCUUGAUGACCGAGGAGGAUCUACUAAAAGAAGAAAGGUAUGGAGAAGAAAAUAGAUGGAGAAAUGUUGUGAUCAUGCUAUGCUUUGUCUUACUCUACAGGUUCGUUUCCUAUGUGACACUGAGGUGUAGAUGUUCACAGAGAAGUUUCAAAACCACUCUUGUUUGA